CCUCCCCCUACCUCCUAACUUCUCCCUCGCUUUUGGAUUCAUUCGAUGGGCAAAACUCCGCCGCCUUCUCCACGAAAUCCCGAUUGCCGCUACCGCCGUCGCAGCCGCCAGAUCGCUAUUUAAGGGUUAGAGUAAUUACGCCAGUUCUGCCGUCUCCGGCGUGAAGGACGGCGGCGGCAUCUACUACCGCGGAAGAGAUGUUUCGGUGGGAUUUUGCUGAGUCGAUUUUCUCGAAGUGGGCGAUCAAGCGAGUUUGCAAGUUUCUUUUGAAGAAGAAGUUGGGGGAUUUCAUUCUUGGCGAUAUUGAUCUUGAUCAGCUCGAGGUGCAGUUUACUCGCGGAACUAUACAGCUCUCCGACCUCGCCGUCAAUGUCGAUUACAUCAACCAGAAGUUUGCUGGGGCUGCAGUGGUAUUGAAAGAAGGAUCAAUUGCUUCCCUAUCAAUUAAAAUACCAUGGAAGCUGCAGAACUGUCAGAUAGAACUUGAAGAACUUGAACUUGUGUUUGCUCCAUUCACGGGAAGCAAGAUUCAGGUGUCUAGCAGCUGUUUGGAGUCAAGUAGCGGUCAUAAACAACAGAUGAGCCUUGGCCCAGAUGAAAAUGGACCGAAGAUCAGCCGAGAGAGCUAUGGAUCAGUUUCUCUAGAUAUUCAUGAAGGAGUUAAGACAAUCGCUAAAAUUGUGAAAUGGCUUCUUACUAGCUUUCAUGUAAGGUUAAAAAAUCUUAUAGUUGCAUUUGAUCCUUGCUUAGAGAUGAAUGAAAAUAGAUUGCCAGUAGACAAAUCAUUGGUUCUUCGAAUUGCGGAAACAGAAUUUGGAACCUGCCUUUCUGAAGAUGUUGUGCAAACUCAAAUUCCUAUGGCUGAUUGCCUUCUUGGAAUGGCGAAGCUGACAAAUUUUGUGAAAUUUGAAGGUGCUGUGAUUGAGGUCCUUAAGAUGCCCGACAUUGAUAAGAGUCCUUGUCCUCAGGAUAGUCUAGAAACUAUAUGUAAUGAUUACAGUUCAAGUGGCUUACCAUUAAGCAGUACCACGGCAAUUUUGACUGGUAAAAGUGGGGGGAUCUCAGGAAGAAUGAACAUAUGCAUUCCCUGGAAAAAUGGAUCUCUUGAUUUUCAUAAAGUUGACGCUGCUGUCUGUUUUGAUCCUUUUGAAUUAAGGCUGCAACCCAGCACCAUCGAGUGGAUUAUUAUCAUAUGGGAAUCCCUCAAAUAUGCUAGCACAGCUGCAAGGAGCUGUGUUCAGUUUAACACGAUUGAUUCUUCUUGCUCAAAAUCUGGAUUGCAUAGCUACUCGUCUUUGAGAAGUUCUACUAUUUUGGGGGCUGAUAUUACAAAACCAAGCAUCAGGAAAUUUUCAGAGGAAUUGCAUUCUGAUAUCAAUAGAGAGACAAUUCCUGAGGAUCUACUUCCUCAAACACAUGUUAUUCAGAACUGGGUGCCAUUUUCAUUCAAAGAAGACCAAGCAGAAUUGGAGCAAGAUUAUGGAGCAAGCAUAGAUCAAUUUUUUGAAUGCUUUGAUGGGUUGCGGAGUUCUCAGGCAAAUUCUGGAACUAGUGGGCUAUGGAACUGGACUUAUUCAGUUCUCAGCGCAAUUAAUGUUGCAUCUAACCUGGCUUCUGGUUCUGGUCAUAUGCUUACAGAGCAACAUGUUGAGACCUGUUUAAGAGCAACUGUCACAGGGGUCUCUCUUUUCCUUUUUUUCCAUGACAAGGAAGAAAAUGUUUCUGAUCAGUUACUGGGUGGUGACAGGGAUGCCAACAAGUCAUGCCGACUAGAUUAUUUAAGCUCUCCAACAAGUUGUACACAAACCUUUGACUCCUAUGCGAGCUGUUUUUCAUCUAUGAAUGUUGAUCAGUCAACCAUUGCUGAACCUAGUUUGACUGGAUUUAAGAUGCACCAUCUUGAAGCAAAGUGUCAAGAUGUAGUUAUUAAUUUUCAGAUUGGCUCGCGAAAGAAAGAUUGUCAAAUAUCAAUCAAGCAUGUCAAAAUGGAUGAGUACUAUGAUCAUAAAAGUCAUGUCAAGAUGUUUGGCUUUUCUGAUAACAGUGACUGUGGUGAUCAGAUGCUUAGAAAUAAAACUAUGAAGCAAAAAGUUCUAGAUGCUCUCCCUCCCUUUCCUGCUUUUGUCCAAGAGUAUGAUUUAGAAUCAUCUGUUGAGCACAAUUUUGAGAAAAUAAAUGAAAAUUAUUCAUCUCAGGAUCAGAUGAUUAAGGUUGGUCUCAUGGAAUCGUUUGGUGACUGCAGCUUCCAAUGUGUUGUUAGUCUUUCAGAUUUAGAUGGAAGUUCAGUCGCUUCAAUUACUUUUUCUUUGCAUUUUCCACCGUGUUUUAUGUGGCUCCACUUUCAUUUAGUAGACUCGCUACUGAAUCUCUUCAAAAAGGUUGAAACCUGUAUUAAGAAACGUAGCGAUAACAGAGAUUUUGUUUUUUAUGACUCAUCUGGUGAUAAAAAAUUGGUCUCCCCUCAUGAUGUGAAAGGUUGCGAUUCUUCCAUGAAGACAAUUUCUAAUGUGCAAGGAAAUAUUGUCUUUGCUCAUACAAGGAUCAUAAUUUGUUUUCCUCUGCAAAGUAUGGAAGACUUUGAGCAUUUAUACCUUAUGGAUAAGUUCAUCAUUCUUGAGCAUUUCCCAUUGCUUAUUGCUGAAGAAGUUUUGCAUGUUUAUCCUUGUCCGUUAAAACAACUAAUUGCACCAAAUAGUAGUACUUGCUCCCCUACCUUUUCCUUGCAUUUUGAGCUAGGGACCUUUGACAUAUACUUGACUAAUUCUAUAAUCAAAGAUGUUGCUGCUGAUCAAUCUAUUCCAUUAGAAGUGAAAGAUGUCUCUGCUGUGAAAGUUCUUUCAUUGACCAAUAAAACAGGUGACAAACACUCUGGAAUUAGUAUAGUUUGGCAAAAAGGUCCUGUAACUGGUCCUUGGAUGGCAAGUAGAGCUUGGAGCAUGGCUUCUACACAUGAUCGAAGAAGUAGGAAUAAAGUCACCGGAAAAGAUUGUGAAUUUUCUUCUGUGACAGCAGUAGAGGACUUUGAGAUGAAUAGUUCUGAUAUUCAUCAGGAGUUGAUUCUUAGCUCUGGGCUUCUCCUUUAUUUAAGUUUUUCUAUCAUUAGGCUCAAUCUCCACAGUCAUAAUUAUGAAAGAUUGAAUUACCUUUUAGAUAUUGCCAGUAACGGCUUAUCUAAUGGAGGUUCUUCUAAAUUGAGUGUCUCUGAGGAGGAGCGGACUCUGUGUAAAGAAAAUGCAUCUCAAAAAGCUAUUAUUAUGGAUUGUGAUGUCUUGGAUUUAUGCAUUGUGUUCGAUGAGGUACCUGACUGCAGCCAUUCGGUUCAGAAGGAGCUGGUGGGUUCAUGGAAUUGCUUUAGUCUCAUGAUUAAGAACUUUGAGAUUAUGUCUGUCUCAAAUAUUGGUGAAGUUAGUGGCACAAACUUUUUCCGGCUCGUUCAUGGAGAAGGUCAAUUAUGUGGUUCCUUAUUCAAUGGUAAUAACUGUACAUCGGACACAACCCAGGAUGUUCUUUUGAUAUCGUGCAUGAACUCUGCUAGCGGGCGGGGAGGAGGUGAUGGUGCCAAUAUGCUGUCUUUCGGCUCUGCUGGAACUAAAAUUACUUACCUAUGCAAUCCCCAAUUAUCUCGCAGUUACACAUCCAUACUUGUUCAUUGCGGGACAAUCAUUGCACCUGGGGGCCGCCUAGAUUGGGUUAGCCAUUUAUGUUCGUUCUUUAGCUUGCCUUUUGAAAAGGAAUCAUCUAUCAUUGAUGUAAACCAAGCUGAGCCUUCUUCAAAUUCUACGAAUUAUGAGGCAUCUUUUUUUCUUGAUUUGGUGGAUGUAGCUCUAAGUUAUGAGCCACACUUUAAACGUCUGGCUAUAAAUGGUGACAGUGCAUAUGCUGGAUGUGAUGAUAUUUUUGAGCUAAGUCAAGGAAUAGCUGAACAACUAGUGGGCUGCCUUUUAGCUGCAUCUUCAUUCAGCGUAUCUAAUUAUGCCAUGUCAAACUCUGCAAUUAGUGAUUACAAUAUCCAGUUACAAGAUUUGGGACUUCUUAUUUGUCAGUCCUCAGGCUUGAACAAUGAUUAUGGGAGUUAUGAUGUUAGUUAUCUGCAAAAGACUGGUUAUGCCAAAGUUGCUUCGGGUAACCUUUUAGUGGCUAUUAUCAAAAUUAGUAGCUUAAGGUGGGAAGUUGAAUGUUCAGAAUCGCAUAUCAAUUUUGAUACCUGCCAUGAUACAACUCAUGGUCUGUUUCGCUUGAUUGCUCAGUUGCAGCAGCUUUAUGCGCCUGAUAUGGAAGAUACUCUUGCACACCUGCAAUCUAGGUGGAAAAGCGUCCAGCAAAGUCAAAACGCAAAUGAAUCUGAUGAUGCUUCAGAUAGUUCUCAUUCUUCUAGUAGUUUGGAUGCUGGGAAGAAGCUUUCUACAAGUGAUGACAACUCUUUGUCUAUUGGGCUGUUGGAUGGGAUUGUUGAGAAUGCUUUUCACCCAACCAAAGGGUCUAGUAUUCGUCUUAAUCCUUCUGUACUUGGCCAGGAUAAUUAUUUUGAUAAUGUGAAUACAAAUUCGAGCAUCUCUCAUGUUGACGAUGUCUCUUCUGUGAAAGUGUCUUUUAUGGGGUCAGCUUGUAACUUGGGAGUGGAGCACUCUUGUUUAGAAAGUAACUCAGUAUUGGAUAAUAUUGAAAUAGAAUCUGAGAAGGAAGAAUCUCUUCCCCAACUCAUUGAAAGCUACUAUUUUCCUGAGAUAAUUGCACCUUCCCUAACUGUGAAAAGAAGUCUACCAGUAGAAGAUCAGAGAUGUAAAUAUGGUUUGCCUUCUCGUGUUGUUGACGGUGGAAAGGGUGGAUGGUAUGAGGAUGGUCACCUGAUGAUAGUAGAUAAUCAUAUUCCAAAUUCUAUACUUCUUGAUUCUGAUCAACAUCAUGAGAAAACAAAGUUUGUGCCUGGUGAUUCGGAUGCUUCUGCUCAUUGCAGUGAAAAAGGGAAGAUACUUCUUAAGAAUAUAGAUGUUAGAUGGACCAUGUUUGCUGGAUCAGAUUGGUCUCAACAAAUGAAAAAUUCAACUGGAAAAGAUGCAAGUAUAUCCUUGGAACUUGUUUUGUCAGGGUUAAAUAUUCAAUAUGCAAUAUACCCUGAUGGUGAGGUCAAUGUCUCAAAACUUUCCAUCUAUUCCCAAGACUUUCAUCUCUAUGACAGAAGUACAACUGCUCCAUGGAAGAUGGUGAUUGGGCAUUAUAACUCCAAGGAUCAUCCAAGAGAAUCCUAUGCUAAAGCAUUUAAGUUAGAUUUGGAAACUGUGAGGCCUGAUCCAACAACACCUAUUGAAGAUUACAGGUUAUAUCUUGAAUUUCUUCCAUUACGGUUGCAUCUGGACCAAAGCCAGAUAAAUUUCCUUAUCAGUUUCUUUAGCAAUGGAUCAUCUGUUGAAGAGUCUCCAAGCAUAUCUAAGGAUUCCGAUAUGUCAUGUAUAGCUGAGAAAAAGAUUAAUGUCCAUAGAAGUCAGCCAAUUGUUGAGGAAGCAUUACUUCCUUUCUUUCAGAAAUGUGAUGUGAAGCCUGUGGUUGUGCGUGUUGACUAUAUUCCUCGUCACAUGGAUCUAGCAUCACUUAGAAGUGGAAACUAUGUUGAACUUCUAAACCUGGUAUCCUGGAAGGGGAUUGACUUACAGCUGAAACAAGUGUGUGCUGUUGGUAUUUAUGGCUGGGCAAGUGUGUGCGAAACGGUAGUUGGGCAAUGGUUGGAAGAUAUUUCUCACAACCAGGUUCACAAAUUAUUGAAAGGCCUUGCUCCUGUUAAGUCAUUGGUUUCUGUUGCUGCUGGCACUUCUAAAUUGGUUACCCUGCCUGUCAAAAGUUACAAAAGAGAUAAGAAGCUUCUCAAGGGAAUGCAGCGGGGUGCAAUAGCUUUUGCUAAAAGCAUAUCUCUUGAAGCUGUUGCAUUGGGGGUUCAUUUGGCAUCAGGUGCUCACGAGAUACUACUUCAAACAGAGCUCAUUCUUAGGAAUAUUCCAACAAAUGCACCAUCACCAUUUGAAAAGGAUAGAAGAAAGAAAUCGGCAAACUCUAAUCAGCCUGUGGAUGCACAAGAAGGCAUCCGGCAGGCAUAUGAGAGUCUAAGUGAUGGCCUCAGUAGAACGGCUUCUGCAAUACUUGGAAAUCCUAUCAAAGAGUACCGGCGUGGUGCUGGCGCUGGAUCAGCUUUGGCAACUGCAGUCCGUGCUGCCCCUGCAGCAGCUCUAGCUCCUGUUACUGCUUCUGCUCAUGCCAUGCACUGCGCUCUUCUUGGUAUGAGGAACAGCUUGGACCCAGAACGCAAAAAAGAAUCUAUGAACAAGUAUCAUGGUUCCUCCCGGCCAUAGAUGCUCCAAGGCAAGACUGCAAAACUGAAGAUUCAGAUUCAGCCUAUUUUUGUUAGCUUUUGGCAACGCAAUUUCUUCCAACUGAUGAGUCCACACUGGACAAACACAACUUGUACAGAAAUGUAAGUAAAUAUGAACUCUCCAUAUAUAUAAUUCCCAAUGCCCACCCUGAUUCAUUCUUUUUUGUUAUUUUUCUUCCCUCCUGUAGGUAAAUAUUUAAACACAUUCUUUUUGUACCAGAAUGUAAAUAAUCCACGUCUUUAUUCAUAAUCUCAGGGCUUAUCUCUAUGCUUUUGUAACCCCACCAGAUGAGCAAAUUGCUCUGUAAAUAUCUCACAAUGUUUGUAAUUUUUUGCUUCUCAUCUUCUCUCAUGUAAGUUAACAUAUAUGAGUAUUGUACUGCAAUUUAUUUGGAUCACCACCUCUAUUUGAAAAAAAAAAAAAAUUGUAUU